UCCCGCCUCUUCCCGGAAGCUGACAGUCACCUGACUUGUCUUUUUCUGUUCCUUGUUAGCCAGCGUCAGUACUAGCCAACAAAACAACCGUCCCACUUACUUUCCCUCUUCUAUUUCGUCCUCUUUUCUUUUUCUUCUCUUUCUACAGGAGUUAAAAUAGCUCCUCGUCCACCUCCAAAAUCAUGGAUGAGACGAGUCCGCUCGUCUCUCCCCUUCGGGACUCUGGUGAUUUCAGCUACUAUCCCACAGAGCCCACCAGCCCCCGGGGCGCGUUUGGAAGCACACCGGGCUCGGUGGUGCGUAUCCCGGCAGGCAGUCCGGGGCGCAGCCGGGAGAGACAGCCUCUCCUGGACCGGGACCGUGGGAGCUCGCCGCGGGAGCCGCACAGGAACGAGUUUCCGGAGGAUCCCGAGUUCAGAGAGAUCAUCCGAAAGGCCGAGCGAGCCAUAGAGGAGGGGAUCUACCCGGAGAGGAGGAUCUAAAAAACAAAAAAAUUGUCUAAUCAAACAGAAGAUGCCGAGGGAAAAAUCAUCGGCGUGUUCAAACCUAAGAAUGAAGAGCCCUAUGGCCAGCUGAACCCCAAGUGGACUAAGUGGCUCCAGAAGCUGUGUUGUCCCUGCUGUUUUGGCCGCGACUGUUUGGUCCUGAACCAGGGUUACCUCUCAGAGGCCGGGGCCAGCCUGGUCGACCAGAAACUGGAGCUCAACAUCGUUCCCAGGACCAAGGUGGUGUACCUGGCUAGUGAAACAUUCAACUACAGUGCCAUAGACAGGGUGAAGUCUCGAGGAAAGAGGCUAGCCCUAGAGAAGGUACCUAAAGUGGGCCAGCGCUUCCACAGGAUUGGACUGCCACCCAAGGUUGGCUCCUUUCAGCUCUUCGUUGAUGGAUACAAGGAUGCCGAUUUCUGGCUGCGGAGGUUUGAAGCGGAGCCCCUGCCUGAAAACACUAACCGUCAGCUCCAGCUGCAGUUUGAGCGGCUCGUAGUCCUCGAUUACAUCAUCAGGAACACAGACAGGGGAAAUGACAACUGGUUGCUGAAGUAUGACUGUCCCAUGGACACUGGUGGGAAUAGGGACACAGACUGGGUGGUAGUAAAGGAUCCCAUCAUCAAGCUGGCAGCUAUAGACAACGGCCUCGCCUUCCCCCUCAAACACCCUGACUCCUGGAGAGCCUACCCAUUCUACUGGGCGUGGCUUUCCCAGGCCAAAGUUCCUUUUUCCCAGGAAAUCAGAGAGCUGGUCCUGCCCAAACUCUCCGACCCAAAUUUUAUCAAAGACCUGGAAGAGGAUUUGUAUGAAUUAUUUAAGAAAGACCCUGGUUUCGACAGAGGACAGUUUCACAAACAAGUAGCCGUAAUGAGGGGACAGAUCCUGAACCUGUGCCAAGCCCUGAAGGACGGUAAAACACCCCUGCAGUUGGUCCAGAUGCCCCCAGUAAUUGUCGAGACAGCCAGAGCACCUCAGAGAGCCAACAGUGAGUCCUACACACAGAGUUUCCAGAGCAGAAGACCCUUCUUCACCUGGUGGUAGGAGCGAUGCAAUAAGGAUGAAGAGGAGGGACAGCAGGAAGUCGGAGCCAGGAAAGGAGCGAGGAUUGUAGAUGUGCAGAUGGAAGAUGGGGCAGAAUCUCAGAGUGCAGGUUUUUGUCCUGAAAAUGGAAAUAAUCAUCAUCCUCCCCUCCUCUCCUUAUUGAUGUUUUGGUUACAGAGAGUGAGUAAGUGGGUGGAGAGAUGAGGCCAAAAGAGGAAGAAUUUCACAACAUAUCUUUCUUUUGUUUGCCUCUGUGCCUUGCAUAGAUGUCAUUGAAGAAUGAACGCCUAAAUGACCUUCCUGCGAGAGAGAGAGAGAGAGAGAGAGAGAGAGAGAGAGAGAGAGAGAG